UGCUUAUAAAUGUUAACAGCUCCAGCCUUUCUAUACAUUGCCUCUCUUUCUUGUGUUAAUUCAUUCCCGGUCCAUCCUUAGCUGUGACACCCGAAGCUACUGACUGCUCUAAUUGUAUGACCGGCCGACUGCCUGACUUCAACCCUGUUUGGGAAUGCUGUUCCUACCUGUCAGCUGUGAAGCUUUGUACUUAUUUUUUUAAGGGAGCAACUGAAGUGGUCAUAUUCUAGGUAAAAUGUUUUUUCGUUAUCUUGAUUUUUCACACAAAUGCGGAAAUAAGAGAUCUGUUUACGGGCCAAAACCCAAAUGGCAGAAAGAAUUUAAAGAAUGACGAGUGGCUUUACAAAGAUUACAUGAAGAAAUUCGACGUUCUCACUGUUUACCAAUCCUUGGAGGCAAAAUACAAAAAAGCUGGUAAAAAAUUAUCACUCAAGGAUGAAUUUCAUAACAUAAUUAAUAAAAUCGAUGAGACCGAUGAACUUUUAUCGUUAAAAAUAGAAAGAGGCGAUCCCAAAAUAAUAGUGGGCAAAAGUGGCAGACGAGCCCACCCAGGUUUCGAGCAAUACGGCGUCUUCAGACCAACAGACGAGAACGAAGAAGAACCACUGCAGACCCUGUGGGACCCGCAAUAUGUUAGAUACAGACUUAAUGAACUGAUGAAACAAAUCAUAUACUCGACGAGAAACAAAAUGGUAGGGAUGCAAUUAAUAAGAGAAGAGUUUAAGAACGAAUCGUUGUACAAAAUGGGGUUUUUGAUGAGCAAAACUGAUGAAGCAGUGAAAAACUACAUCAGAUUCACCUUCCGAACGUACAAGGCGUGUACACGAAGGUUGCUCAGUGAGGCAACAAGGAGACACCAGCUUAUAGAUAUCUUGACAACACAAGAAAGGAUGCUAUUCAAAUGGUUUCAUAUAGAUCUCCUAACAGAUUUGAUUAGAGAAAAUGAUGAUAAUGCAAGGGAAAUAAUGGCUAACUAUAGCACUGGUAGGAAAGUUGCAUGGAAAUUUGUUGAUUAAUAAACUUAGUAUUUUUU